AUGAAUCACCGAUCGUUCAUUCGUCAUAUGCAAAGCAACUACAUCCAAUGCGUUGUUUCAGGCGGUCAGCCUCCAAACCGCAAGUUCUUUUUUUAUGGUCAGAAAGCUGGGGCUGAUGCUUUCUACCUUGUAGAAUGCAAUGUGAACCCAGCAUCAUCCGAAGCCCAGCUCAAAAUUAAGGCCGACGAUGGGGCUACUGCGGAGGCCUUUUCUACUUUGUUUCAAUCAGUGUUGUCUGAAUUUGGGCUUUCUUGA